CACUGUCAAUCCGUGCAAGGGUUUUGGAAACGCUGCAUCCUGUGCAUCAGCAAUAACAACAACAACAACAAGGAGAUAUUCAUCCUGCACAUUGAUGGUCACUGGGAAACGUACCGACGAGCAGCAAACCUCAAGCCGGGUGCAGCUCCAGCAGCUGGAGGCAGAGGACCAGACCAUCUGAGGCGGACUGGGGGUCGGUAGUCGGCUAAGCUGCUUACAGCCCGGCCAGCAGGCCCACGGUUGAACUGCUGCAGAGAAUGGACGGCUUCAUAUAAAAGGAGGUGUUGUUCUGUACUGCCUGCAUCGACAUAACUGGACCAGAACCCCUGAAGGAAUGUUCACCCUCACAGAAGUAGCCUCUCUGAAUGACAUCCAGCCGACUUAUCGAAUACUGAAACCAUGGUGGGAUGUCUUCAUGGAUUAUCUCGGUAUUGUCAUGCUGAUGUUAGCCAUAUUUUCUGGAACAAUGCAGUUAACUAAAGACCAAGUGGUUUGUCUUCCCAUUCUGGAGCAAACUCCGGAGGGGUCUGGGGGCUUCUUAGAACCCCAACCCCCAGCUGAAAGUUUAUGGAACAAAGAAAGCGCCAUUGGAGAGCAAGCUGCUCCUUUAAUGGCUAAAAGGCCUCCCGAUAGCAUCGGCCCUACAAUUCCCUUCUCACAGUCGGGUACUUUUGGGCAGCCUCAGCCUACAGGCGUCAGGACCAAGCUGGAUUUUCAGCAGUAUGUUUUCGUCAACCAGAUGUGCUACCAUGUUGCCCUCCCGUGGUAUUCCAAAUAUUUCCCAUACCUCGCUCUAAUCCACACUAUUGUAUUAAUGGUCAGUAGUAACUUCUGGUUCAAGUACCCAAAGACAAGUUCCAAAAUAGAACAUUUUGUUUCCAUUCUGGGAAAGUGUUUCGAAUCACCCUGGACUACCAAAGCUCUGUCCGAGACAGCGUGCGAGGACUCGGAGGAGAACAAGCAGAGACUGGCUGGUGCCUCGUCCCUCCUGAAGCAUUUGUCCACAUGCAGCGAGGAGGGGAGUCCAAACCAGUCUGCCCCAAUGCUGACAAAAUCCGGGGUCACGUUUUCUGCUGAGAAGCUCGUGAGCGAAGUUCCCGCCAUGACCAUACUGGACAAGAAGGAUGGCGAGCAAGCAAAAGCCCUGUUUGAAAAAGUUAGGAAGUUCCGUGCCCACGUUGAAGACAGUGACUUGAUUUACAGGCUGUAUGCCAUGCAGACAGUCAUCAAAACAGUCAAAUUCAUUUUGAUCCUGUGCUACACGAUGACUUUUGUUGCCUCCAUAGAUUUUGACCAUGUGUGUGAACCUGAAAUAAAGCAUUUGACUGGCUACACCAAGUUCCAUUGCACGCACAACAUGGCAUUCAUGAUAAAGAAACUCCUUGUUAGUUAUAUUGCUCUCAUAUGCGUUUAUGGCGUAAUCUGUAUAUACACGCUGUUCUGGCUUUUUCGGAGACCUCUUAAGGAGUAUUCCUUUGAAAAAGUCAGAGAGGAGAGCAGCUUCAGUGACAUUCCAGAUGUAAAGAAUGACUUUGCGUUCCUCCUCCACAUGGUCGAUCAGUACGACCAGCUGUAUUCAAAGCGGUUCGGGGUGUUUCUCUCUGAGGUGAGUGAGAACAAACUUCGGGAGAUCAGCCUGAACCACGAGUGGACCUUUGAGAAGUUGCGGCAGCAUGUGACACGCAAUCCUCAAGAGAAGUUGGAGCUCCACCUUUUUAUGCUCUCCGGAGUGCCGGAUGCUGUGUUUGAUAUCACUGAUCUGGAAAUCCUUAAAUUAGAAUUAAUCCCAGAGGCCAGAAUAACGGCUAAAAUCUCACAAAUGAUAAACCUCCAGGAGCUGCACUUCUAUCACUGUCCAGCCAAAGUUGAACAGACUGCUUUCAUUUUUCUUCGUGAUCACCUCCGGUGCCUUCAUGUCAAAUUUACAGAUGUCGCUGAGAUUCCUAGCUGGGUAUACUUGUUGAAGAAUCUAAGGGAACUGUACUUGGUUGGUAACCUGAACUCUGAAAACAACAAAAUGAUCGGACUCGAGUCUCUGCGAGACCUCAGGCACUUGAAAAUUCUGCACCUCAAAAGCAACCUCACAAAGAUCCCGACAAACAUAACGGAUCUGUCUCCGCAUCUCAUCAAGUUGGUCAUUCAUAACGAUGGGACAAAGCUCUUAGUUCUGAAUAGUUUGAAGAAAUUAAUGAAUCUCGCCGAACUGGAGCUCCUCAACUGUGAGCUUGAGCGAAUCCCCCACGCUAUUUUCAGUUUGAACAACCUUCAGGAACUGGAUCUGAAAUCCAACAACAUUCGUACCAUAGAGGAGAUCAUCAGCUUCCAGCACCUCAAGAGACUGACGUGCCUCAAACUUUGGCACAACAAGAUCAUCACCAUUCCAUUGUCUAUUAGCCAUGUCAAAAACCUUGAGUCGCUCUACCUCUCACACAACAAGCUUGAGUCUCUACCCUCAUCGUUGUUCACCCUUCCCAAGUUAAGGUACCUCGAUGUUAGCCACAACUCCAUAGUGUCAAUACCGCCGGAGGCUGGCUUUCUGCAGAACCUCCAACAUUUCGCCAUUACAGGCAACAAAGUCGAGGUAGUUCCAAAGCAACUGUUCAAGUGCAACAAACUGAGGACCUUAUGUCUCGGCCACAACUGUAUCUCCUCCAUUCCAGAGAAAAUUGGCCAACUUUCGCAGCUGACACACCUGGAACUGAAGGGAAACUGUCUGGAUCGUCUCCCGGCUCAGAUCGGUCAGUGCAGCCUCCUGCGAAGGGGCUGCCUGAUAUUGGAGGAUCAUCUCUUUGACUCGCUCCCAAUGGAGGUCAAGGAGAGCAUCAAUCAGGAAUCUAGUGUUUCUUUUCCAAACGGUUGCAAGUGUCUGAGUGAUGGACGGUAGUCACACCCGACGUGGCAUUUCAUUUUAGGGGUAAAGAAGUGUUGUUGUUUUGUUUUUUUUUAUCUGACAUUAGAAAAAGUUGUUCAGGUUACUGUAUUGGUACGCUUCAUGAUGUUUUAGCAACUUAUUAAAUGAACAAACCACAGCACAUACAAGGACGGUACCACUGCAGACGUUUUAGAUGAACUCCAGGAAUGAUCAUUGCUUGUGUCAUGUCUAUUUAUAUUCAUAUUCCUUUUUCAGUUAAUGUAGUAGCAGUUAAAUCACUCUGCUUAUAUUUUGUACCUUUCUUAUGCAAAAAUAUCUACUGUGGAUCCCUUGACAUUCGUAUCAUUUUGAAACAAUUCCCCUUUUUAACAUUGUGAUUUAGUUUUAAUAUCCUCACAUGAACUACAUAGGCCUAAACUUGAUUGACCUCAACUAAGGGGCCCGGUUCUCUCAAAUUACAAAAAAAUCUCACUCUCAUUUUAUGGUAUCUAGCGCUGCAAUAGAAUAUUAUAUUUCACAAAAAAUGAACAGUGACAUUUCUUUCCAGUAACAGUGUCCCAAUUACCCUGAAUAGGACCUUGCAGUUUUUAUUACACCAACAUUAUAGCAAAGAAGUAUUCUUAGGGAAAGUUGUUUACAGCAAGAGUAUCCAGAGUGACGGGGACAUUGCUUCUGACAGGAGAUGUGGCUGUAUAAACAUUCCAUUCCCCUCUAAUUAUGUUGGGAUGGAGGAGGAAAUAUCAGGUAUGGAUAUCUCAAAACUUGGAACAAUUUAAACUCUAACUAUCCAGAUGGAUAGAGUAUAAUAAGUUAGCAAAUAUGUUUUGUUUUUUUUGUUAUUUGGGUGAACUGACCCUUUUAGAGAAAAAAUAAAUAAAUUCAAGGUCCAUUUGCCAGCUUCUCCCGUAUGGUCGUAUACAGGCGAACUGACAACUGAUCAAACUCUCUCCGCUGAAGAAGACAGCAAAAAGGGUUUUGAAAGCUCCAGAAAAAGAUAGAACCUUGAGUUGAGAUUAAAACUACUACUACAGUACUGUUUCCAGGGUGAAGACUGACUCUUUUACUCUACCACUACAGUAUAGACCACAAACAGUGACAUAUGCUGCACAAACGAAGAGAAGGACUUUUUAGGUAUAACCUAGUAUCAUGAUCCUCAUGCAUUCCAAUUUGAAUAUACUUGUAAUAUAUUUAACGCACCAUCUGAUCCUUUUCUCUACUUGUUGAAAUGUCUUGUUUCGCUCCAUUAUUUCAGAUAAAGUUGAUUUAAAUUUUUUUCAAAGGAGUAGACAAUAGAUUGUUUCCUGUCUUGUGUACAGCCAAACCUCAAUGACGUUUUUCCAUUAUUUGUACUUUUGCUAAUGUUUAAGGGGAGACACCCCAGGUGAAUAGGUAAAACAUUUUCACUUAUUGAUACGGCCAUGAAACUCCCCCAGCUGAUAUUUUUUUGUAUUACAAGUUUUUUAAAAUGUUAUGUUUAAAUAUGCAAAUUAGGCAUUAUCUUAUGGUAUCGUUGUAUGAGUUUAGGAGAAAUCUACAGAUACAAAUAAAAAAAGUAGUAAAAUAAAUACCUACAUGUGUACUUGGUAUGUUUUUCUUUAUUCUUGUCUGACAAAAAGACAUGUUAAAGAAUCCAUAUAACCCAAAAUCUUACAAUUGAGUAGUGCAUGAAAAAAAUGUUUUUGCCUGGGCUGUCUCGCUUUAAUUACGUUUCAUUCUUGUAAACAGUGUAUUUAACAUGCAUUAUGUGUGUUCUUUGUAUGUGUUUAUGAUCUCAUUGUCUAUUAUCUGUUAUUCUCUCUGCACAGCACUUUGUAAACCUGGU